AUGGGAAAAAGUCAUAUGAGAAGGCUUCAGCAAUCUGCUGAAACAAGCGCAACCUUAUUGAAUCUAUUCCUUUGGGAUAUAGACGAUUGUAAAGAAAAAGCAGAAGAAUACCACAACAAAUCAUAUGAACAAAGAAUGAAAAGUUUUAAAGGAGAAUCCUUACUGAACCCUCGCAAUGUCUUGAAGAAACUUAAACUUAAGGACGACGAAAAGCGAAUGGAAGCUGAAAAAGCCAUAGAAAUCAUCAAUUUGGAGUCAUUUAUUUAUUCAUUUCUCACUGGCAUAAAAACACAAGAAUGUCUAGACAGUUUCUUUAAAUGUAUGAUUAUGCCUCAAAUGAAGAUUAUUGAACGCGACGUAAGACUUUAUUUCCAACUGAGAUCAGCAGCGUAUCUUAGAGAUUAUUGCACACUUAUCAAUGAUGAAGAAGACUUUGAUCGCAAAGAACUACUUCAUAAACAUUUCGCGCUAAAUCUAUCUCAUUAUGGAGGACAUCUUGCGGAUAAAGACAAUGGGUGGAUCGUAUUAAAGCAUGCUCAUAUGACUCGUCUGAAAAUGAAAAGGGAGGCUGAUGCACUGGUUCAAUCGGAAUCCAACCAAGUUUACAUGCCUCACGAGCUCGUAGCGUACUUACGUGAGAGAAUUGAUCGAUUGUUUCACCCUGAACGCUUUGAAGGACUAGGUGGCAUAAUGUCAGAUGAACAACAGAUAGAAGCAUAUAUUGCAUCAGAUCAAGAAUCACAAGAAGUUACAGUUAAUAUUGAAAGAAAUUCUUCUGCAGAACUAGAGUCCUCUCCAGAAUCAGAGUCUUCUCCAGAGCCAGAGUCUUCUCCAGAACCAGAGUCUUCUCCAGAACCAGAGUCUUCUCCAGAACCAGAGUCUUCUCCAGAACCAGAGGGAAGAAGGAACUUGGGUGUAUUAAACGGUAUUUCAAGAACAGAAAUUAAAAAUAAGAAUGGCGACGUGGUAGCUAUAAGACGAGAAUAUGAAAAUGAGAAUGGUGAACGGAUAUCGGUCACUGAAAGAAACGUACGCUUCGGUCAUACCAAACGCAUACGAUGGGAAGAUGACGAAGUGAAAGCAUUAGAGAGAGCAAUAGCAGAAGUGGGGCCAAGGUGGAUCAAGAUUAAGGAACAACGAUACCCAGAAUUAGAAAACAAGACAAACGUUCAACUACGCGAUAAAGCAAGGGGUGAACUCAGAAGACGCAAGAGACUAAAGAUCGAUUUAGGAGUGUAUGCUUCUUUGCAAGGCUACGAUGAAUAA